AUGAAGAAGCACCCAAGCUGCACUAAUAGUGUCCCGCCCAAGUUGUCACCUCAUUGGCCAAAGAACACGAUGGCCGCGGCGACCAGCGGCUCUACGUCCUUCGUUCCCACUCUUGUGCUUGCGAGACGUCUUCACUCGACUGAAUAUCUGACGUCAGUCACGGCCAAGGAUGACAACGAGGUCAUCGUUCUGACAAGAGCACUUGUCUACAAUGUUACAUUCUUAGGUCUGUCAAAGGGGACCAUGUUCUCUACGAUCGACGACGAAUACUUGACCAAAACAACCCUCCUUGUGUUUCCUUACCUGCUGGCAUGCAAGAGCGGUAUCUCCAAGGAAAUGUUUAGUAUCGUGUACGACAUAAAUAAACCUGAGCGCAAGGCGUUGGCUCAAAAGCUGUCCUCGGCGCUAUAUGAUGUAGCGGGAAGCAAUCGUAGUCCAGAAGCAAUGGCUUCCGAGUGUCUAUCUAAAACGAGUAUCUGGAAGAAUGGAAAGCGCAUUCGAAUAGUCUCCACCAGUCCAUUAGAAGCAGUUCACCCCAAGUUGAGAAAGUUGUUCGGUCGGAUGGUGUCGAUUGAAGUAAGCAUGCGUAUCCACGACAUUUUCCUGCUAAAGCAUAACCUGAAGACCGGAGCAAAGUAUAAGCGCAACCCAUCAUUUGCAGAGUUUGAUUUCAUUACGUUGAGCCAAGCAAUUGUUUAUUGCCGUGAUGUGCUGCCGGAUUCAUCCCAGACAGAGUACUUGUACAAGUUGUUAACCCGCCAACCUUCUCAAACUAGCAUUCAAGAGCGCUUGCGACCUGGUGGUGCUCAGUUGGAGUCAAUCGUCAGUGGGAACGCUUGUACAACCUGA